AUGGAUAAUGGUGAUAAGGCAGGUCGUGAAACACCGGCAGCUGGCGGGAAUGUGGGUAUCGAUGCGGGAACGGUUUUGAGACAGGAACAAAUUGACAAUGAACAUGCUGAUAUGGGGCUAGGAGGCUUGCAGGGCAGAACAGCCAGCUCUGAGGCUUUGGGAGAUAAUUCUCUGAGAAGAAACUCGUCCGUUUCUCCUAGGACUUCUGUGGGGAAGUUGUUCGAUCCAUCGAGACGUCCUGAUGUGAUUAAAAUGGAGCAUUUGAGAGUGAAGGAUUCUAUACUGACUGGGAGACCGCUGCUAUAUUUUACGUCGAUCUUUGUGUCGCUUGGAGUGUUCCUGUUCGGCUACGACCAGGGAGUAAUGUCGGGAUGCCUCACUGGACCAUACUUCAAGAAACAGUUCAACAAUCCGUCUCGAGCAGCUAUUGGUAAUAUGGUCGCUAUUUUGGAGAUCGGGGCAUUGAUCUCGUCGCUGCUAGUCGGAAGGCUAGGCGAGAAAUGGGGUCGCAGACGUACCAUCAUGUAUGGGUCAUUGAUAUUUGUCAUUGGCGGGCUGUUCCAAGGGUUUGCAGGGAAGAUGAUCCAUCUGAUCAUUGGCAGGACCAUUAGUGGGCUGGGUGUCGGCUUGCUCAGCACAAUCGUUCCCAUAUAUCAAUCAGAGAUAUCGCCGCCGCACAACAGAGGAAAAUUAGCCUGCAUAGAGUUUACGGGUAAUAUCGUUGGAUAUGCGGCAAGUGUGUGGAUUGAUUACGGUUGUUCUUUUAUCGAAGGAAAUGCUUCUUGGCGAGUUCCCUUACUUUUACAAAGUGUAAUCGGCUCUGCGCUAUUCUGCGGCACAUUUGUUAUUGUCGAGACCCCCCGUUGGCUGCUAAACCACGACCAUGACGUGGAGGGUUUGAUUGUGAUUGCUGAUCUUCAUAGCGACGGCGAUGUCCAAGAUCAGAAGGCUAGGGAGGAAUAUCAGGCAAUUAAGGAGACCGUACUCAUUUCUAGGAUGGAAGGCGAGGGGAAAUCGCACUUGCAAGUUUUCAGACGUUACAGGAGACGAAUGCUGAUUGCCAUGAGCUCCCAGAUGUUUGCUCAACUGAAUGGUAUCAAUGUGAUAUCUUACUACGCCCCCUUGGUCUUCGAACAGGCGGGCUGGGUUGGCAGGGAAGCGAUUUUGAUGACUGGGAUCAAUGGCUUGAUUUAUGUGUUGUCCACACUACCACCAUGGACGCUGGUCGAUAAAUGGGGUAGAAAGCCGAUCUUGUUGACUGGCGGUUUCUUCAUGGGGUGUGCGCUUGUAUCGAUUUCAAUGUCUCUCUUGGCCAAUAUCGCAGCGACACCAAGGCUCGUUGUUGCAUUUGUGAUUAUAUUCAACGCCUUCUUUGGGUUCAGUUGGGGCCCAAUUCCCUGGCUAUAUCCAGUUGAGAUCGCUCCAUUAUCUGCCCGUUCGGCAAUGGCAUCUUCAUCAACCGCGACAAACUGGCUGUGUAACUGGCUUGUCGGUAUCAUGACACCAGUAUUGCAGGAAAAGAUAUCCUGGAGACUGUACUUGAUUCACGCUACUUCCUGUUUCACAUCCUUUGCGGUCGUUUUCAAACUCUACCCAGAGACCGCAGGUUUACGUUUAGAGGAUAUGGAUUCUGUGUUUGACGACAGAUCGUCCAGCUUCAGCUUUUCAAGGUCAUCGGAUAUAAAUACUGGCAGUUUUGCCAUGGAUAUCGAUGCCUUGUCGACCAAAAGCACCGGUCCAGUCCCCGAUAGACUGCCGCCAGCGGUGCCCAUUGCAGCCGGCGCGGGGCCCUUGAGCUGGAGCAAUCAAAGUAUCCAAUCUCGGACUCCCGCUGCCAAUGUAUUCCCACUUGGGUCGCUCGAGCCACCUUCCAUUGGACAGGUACUAGAGUUUAAAGCUGAGCAAAGUAACAAAGGAAUUAAAACUGCUUUCAGACGCGGAUCGGAGAGUCUAUCCUUGCUUGUCAGCAGAAUUGUCAAUCUUGGAGGUAGAGGGAACAAUGACACUGGAGCUUACGGGACAUUGUCUACUAAUGAUAUCGAAUUUAGUAGCUAG